AUGACCACUGGUGACACUGUUAGAGCUCGGGCCGCUGUGACCAUGUGCCUCGUCAAGUACCAUGUGUUGGUACUCUGUGUGAUACUUGUGGGGAGUUAUGCUUUAAACUGUCGAUCAAGCGGAGGCCCUAAAGAGGCAGAGCUGAAGAAUAUUUAUAAAAAAUGUUUGAAGAUGCAAGAAGGGAAGAAUUCGAGCAAAGGAAACUCAGCUCAAGACUGGAAGGAGCCACGCGUUCAAAUACAAAGAAACGACUGGGACCGAGGUCGCGUGGGAAGUAAAGAAAACAAGAACAGUAGGGACGAUAGUAGAUCAGGUAGUAAAGACAAAAAGGGGGAUAGUGGUAUGAGGGACAACAGAAAUGACAUGAUGAGUCGACGAGAUGAUAUGAUGAGUAGAGGUGAUGACAGAAAUGAUAAUAGGAAACAUAGAACUGACGACAGAAUGGGUAAUGACAAUGACAGGUCAGGGAAUAGAGGUAGGGGGAACAAGAAUAACAGGAACGAUAUGAAUGGAGGGCGAGAUGACAGAUUUGGGAGAGAUGACUAUUUCAAUGGACGAGAAGACUUCCCACAGAGCGAUGAAUAUGGAGGUGACAUGGGUCAAUACAACAACAAUUACUACUCCACAACUCAGUCCUCUAGGAGAUACAAAAGGGAGCGACGUCCUAGCAACUCUGGACAAAGGAGUCAGUACAAUCCGAACAACCACAAAAUCUCAGGAUAUGAAGACAAUUUCCGAUCAGAUGAGAGAAAUACUACUGAUAAUAAUUCUAGCAAAGAAACAGAUAAUAAGUCGUGUGCGUUACACUGUUUCUUGGAGAAUUUGGAGAUGACAGGGGAGGAUGGCAUGCCGGACAGAUAUCUGGUGACUCAUGCCAUCACGAAGGAUGUAAAGAAUGAAGACCUAAGGGAUUUCCUUCAGGAGUCCAUUGAAGAGUGCUUCCAGAUCCUGGAUAAUGAAAAUACCGAAGACAAAUGUGAAUUUUCGAAAAACUUGUUGAUUUGUCUAUCAGAGAAGGGCAGAGCGAACUGUGACGAUUGGAAGGAUGACCUGACAUUCUAG